AUGGUACAUGAUACACAUUUUGCAUCUAUUUGGGAUCUUCUAAGUAUACCAACUGUACUUAAUAUUGAUGUUAUAAGUGUUUAUCCUAAAGUUAAUGGUGAUGAUGAUCUACAUUAUCAAAUGCUUAAUAAUAAAAAAUUUAAUCCAUUGAUAAAUAAAGAGGCAAAAAUUCACAAACAAUCAAAAGUAGAAGCACCAAAAACAGUUAGAGAUGUAAAACUUCUUUUUUCAAAUUGUAACAAACAGCUAAAAUUGAAGAGUACAACACAAAGUUGGAUGCCUAAUCAUUUUGUACCACUUCUUAAUUUAAGAUAA